AUGCUCCUCUGCGUCGGGAUCUGCCUCUUCGCUAUUGUUUCAGCCGACUAUCUCGAUGUGAAUGGCUGCUUUUCUCAGCGGUCGGGGUUUGAGGUUUCAGUUCGGGUAAACCAAGUAAAGACGACCUCAGUGGUGGAAAUGAAGGAUGAAUGUCUGCGGUCAUGCUUGAAGACGUUAAUCGAGCCCGGCGCCAAGUGUCUUUCGAUUUUGCAUAUGCCGAAAGACAAUGACUGUAUCAUUGCCGAGGCCGUUGGGCAAACGAUUGGUAGAGUCAAUACACCAGGCGUAAUGCAUCAGAAUUACUAUGAAAAUGAGUGCGCUAAACUGCCAGAAGGAGGGCAUGUGGAGGCCCGGCUUCAAGGCUUCAGAGGGCCACAAGGUGUCCUUCAAUUGGCACAGAAAAAAGGCAAAAAUCCAAAAAUUUUGGUGAUCAUGACCGGACUGGCUGCUGGGCGGGACUACAAUAUUCACUAUGCUCCUGAGCUCGAGCUGGAUAUGUGCAAACGCGUCAAUAAUGUUCAUAACGCAAAUAUUGGAGAGAAAUUGAUCACGGUCGAUGCCGAUCCGAGCGGUAUGGGUAUUCAGCCAUGGACCGAGAUCCCUUGGCAUAUCCUGGAUGAUGAUGUUUUGGACAAAGUACUUGUGGUUUCCGAAAAAAUCUCCGGCCUGGUGAUCGAUUGCGGAAAAAUUGCGGUCCUUGGAGACAGAAAUGAUUGGGAGGCGGCUCUAAACUCGGCACACCCUGCUUCUGCGAUGGUGUACCUCGCGACAAUUGUUACAUUCUUUGUCGCUCUUCUUCGC